AUGGAAUCAAAACCAGAAAAACCUGACUUUGCUUCAGAUCCACGAAUGACAUUUAAUGAACAAACUGGUAAAUGGUCCUUCGUUGGUGAAGAUGAAGUUUCUUAUGAAUACGAUGAAAAUAUGAACGCGUGGUUUCCUAUGUACGAUGAAAAAUUAGUAGCUAAACAACAAUCUGCUUAUGCUGUUGAAGGUGUCGAUGAACAGGAACCUGUAGUCAAAACACAAGAAAAAAAGAAAAGGGUUUAUACGUAUACAGAGGGCGAAGAGAAUAAUAAUAAUAAAAAACCAAAACGUGAACCUACUAAAAAGAUAAAUACUUCAGUUUAUGUUACUGGUGUUCCACCUGAUGUUACUAUUGAUGAACUGAAGCAAGUAUUUAGUAAAUGUGGUGUUAUUAUGGAAGAUUUAGAAACUGGUGAACCAAAAAUCAAGAUUUAUCGUGAUGAUCAUGGAAUAUCCAAAGGUGAUGCUUUAGUAACUUAUUUCAAGGAAGAAUCCAUAUCUUUGGCCAUAAACUUGUUAGAUGAUUCAGAACUUCGUCCUGGUGAAAAAUCUACAAAGAUUAAUGUACAACCUGCUGUAUUUAAAGAAAAGGAUCCAUCUGAAAAGAAGAAACCACAACAACCUCCAAAGAAUAAGAUUAAAAAGAAACUUCAUCAACUGAAUAGAAAAUUAGAUUGGGUAGAAGAAGAAGCAGGAAAGAAAAGUGAAAAAUUCUCCAAAAUUGUUAUUUUGAAAAAUAUGUAUACACAACAAGAAUUAGAUGAUGAUCCAACUUUAUUAUUGGAAUUGAAACAAGAUGUACGUGAAGAAUGUGAAAAAUUAGGUGAAGUGACCAAUGUUAUAUUAUAUGAUGUAAGUAUUUAA